CCAUUUGCAACAUAUGAAGCAUUUCUACAUAUUUCGAUUAGUUAAUUCAUUAAUUUUUUUCAUUAAUUUAUUCAUUUAUCCAUUAAGGAAAUAAUAUUAAUGAAACUAACCCUACAGAGCAUACAGAGUAUACAGAGAAGAUUGUCUUGUAAAAUGGACAGCCUAUUGCAAAUUUCCUUUGCUAUGCACUGGAGAUGUCUAACUUUAGACUUUGUUUUUGCAGUUUCCGAAACCCUGCAACUUGAUCAUUUUGAAGAAUAUGGUUACACAUCAAUUGCACCAAGGGAAUACUGCAAGGACUUAAAACUGUCAAGCAACAAAACCCAAUUUCUCUUGGAAUUCAAUGAUUUUAUUGACAGGAAGUCACCCAAUCAUCCAUCUUGCAAUGUUACACUUGUUAACCGACUCUUACUUGAUGCUGGCUUUUCAAAUGAAUUGGUGCAGUACUGGAAAAAGCAAUCUCCCCAAGGAGUUCUUGCCAGGUUUGUCGCUACUGAUGGUGGAAUUACAAGAAUUUACCCAAAAAGUGCUGGGGAGGAUUGGACAGAAGAUGCAGAGACAUAUGAAGCAAGCUUUUACAAGAGGAGCCUGGAUAAUCCAUUUUAUAUCUUCACUGCACCAUACUUCAACAAUUCAGAAAUUGGUGUGAGUGGGUUUGAUUCUGGUAUAAUGGUGAGCAGAGCCGUUGAAAUUACAGUGGAUGGGAAACUGUUAAAACCUGCUGUUGUUGGAGUAAAGAUUAAUGUCACUACCUGGAUGGAGAACUUCACAAAAGCCACAAUGAGGACAGAUUGCACGAGUGAGAUAUGUGACUGUGAGAAAAACAACAAGUAUGUAGACUGUGUGAUUCUGGAUGAUGGUGGAUUCCUCUUGAUGUCUAAUCAGGAUGAGUAUAUCUCACAGAUUGGCAGGUUCUUUGGAGAGAUUGACCCCAGUUUCAUGAGGAACCUUAUACAGGUGCCUCUGUAUUCAUUUAAUAAGUCUUACGAUUACCAGUCUGUGUGUGAUCCAGAGAGAGAUACCAAGGCUGCAGCUGGUCUACGUUCUGUCUUUGUGCCUACAAUAGCAGAUAUUUUAAACAUUGGCUGGUGGGCUUCUGCAGCUGCAUGGUCAAUAUUGCAGCAGUUAUUUUUAAGCCUUACUUUCCCAAAUUUUCUAGAAGCAGCUGACAUUGAAGAAGAGAUGGCAGCUCUGUCAAAGAAAAGCUGUAUUACCGAGCAGACUCAAUAUUUCUUUUCCAAUAAUAUGAAAUCAUUUAAUGGGGUCCUAGACUGCGGAAACUGUUCCAGAAUAUACCACGCAGAAAAGCUGGCAAACACAAACUUAGUAUUCCUGAUUGUUGACAGCAAAGUGACCUGUCUGGCCUGUGACUCAAAACCAUUGAUUCAAGCAGAACAGCCAUCCGAAGGACCAAACCCUUGUAAGUUAGCUCAGAACCCUAGGCAUAGGAAAGGACCUGAAGUCUGUUUCGACAAUGAUGACAAUGAUGAGCCUAUAUGCACAACAAGUCGUGCCUCUGCCAUGGUGUCAACUCCUCUCUUCAUUUUACUGCAAGUUUUCAUGUGGUGUAAAGGGAGGAUGAUUCUGACUGUGGUGGGGUCUCUGCUUUGAGCCCAUCAUUGUGGUCCGUGAUUGGAAUUCAACUUGUGCUGCUUUGGCUCUUAACUGGAUCAAGACAUUACCCGUCAUGACCCCAGAAAUAAAGGCCAAGACCCUUUCUGCAUACAUUUCAAGAUCCUGCCAAAUUCUGUUUCCGAAAUUUUAUGUUGACAGGGGUUGAUGAAAACAAAAGAAAAAAAAAAUGACCCAGGAAGUAGAAGACUGAUCAUGUCCAUACCCUGGAGUAAUUUUGCCUGGGAAAGCCACUGACCUUUCAAUGAAGAAGAACAUUGAACGUUACUCCAUCUGAAGCUGAAUGCCCCCACAAAGGCAGUCUGAUUUUUUGAAGGAAACUAUUGGGGAAAGCUACUUCAUUUAUGUUGUGGUUUCUAGGUGUGCUUCUUUUUCAAAAUAAAAAUAGUAAUAUAAUUUAUAUUUUAAAAAAAUCCAGACUUUCAAAAAUGCAUAAAGACUUAAAUUGCUGCCCCUAGUAACUGUUUUGUUAGUAUUUUUGCUGAAUGUUAAUUUAGGGUUUUGAAGGCUAGUAAUUGGUUACAUGCUGUUGUAAAGUGUAAAAAUAAGCAUGGCAGAUCGCUCUUCUAAAAUAAAAAGAAGCAUAAACCCCAUUUCAGAGAGUUUACAAACACAGACUAAGAGUGCUGAUGGUUCCACACUUAAAGCAGCAUCAGUGAUGAAUUAAUGUAUCCUUUACCUGUUAUGAAAACCAAACAUAAAAUUAAAAUAGUGGUUGGUUGCUUGGUUUAUACAAAUAAACCCAUACGCAAUGCAUCAACAUUUGGGGUAGAUUUACUAAGAUAUGUUCUUUUUUUUUUUUCCCAGUAGCUAAACAUGAGUCAUGUUUACUAAAUGGUGUUUGCCUAAAAUGUAUUGAACAAGACAGUGUUGAGUGUGUCUGCAACACUUUUCCAAAGACUGAAAAGCUGUCUCAUGCAUAUGGUAAUUUGGCAUACACCCUUUCAAGAUCACAAGCAUUUGAAUCCCAUCUUAUAUUUCGAUUUUAAUUUUUUGUUAUUAUUAUUAUUAUUAUUAUUAUUAUUAUUAUUAUUAUUAUUAUUAUUAUUAUUAUUAUUAAAUAUGUAUUUUUUUUUUUACCAGCAUUUUAACUUAAAUAUAAUUCCUUCAAGUUUACCAAUAAAUACAGCUGAUAAUGUUCAGCUGUAUUGAGGGGCUUCUUGUGAUUACAAAUACAAGACUGAAAUGUACAUCUUGUACGAUGUCUUUCUUUUUAUUGAUAAGCUUUGCUUCCAUAAUGCAGAUAAUCUAGUCAAUCUACCCCUUAAUCUUGCAGUUCAUUUCCUUGAAAACCUCAAACAACAUAUCAGGUUUAUUAUUUUAAUUUAUUUUUGCUUACCAUUCUCUUUUCAUAAACAUUGUUAUUGACAGACAAACAGAAUUGCAUUUACUUUUUUGACGUGCACUCUUUGAUUAGCUGGUGAGCCUCUACUGGAAUUGCAAAGCCUCUUUCUGCUUACGUUUUUUCAGGUCACCUAAGCAGUUAAGACUUUUUCAUGUGUUGUUUAUUCAUGCCAAAGGGAAUCAAUCCACCACCCAUUCAAUCAUACUGUAACACAUCCAUUUAAUUGCAAUGUGAUACAUAUACUUAGAGCUGGCCAGACCCUUUUUUAUCAUUCUAAAAGCUUGUGAAUGAAAAUGUAUUUUUGUGUAAAUGGCUUUUUGGUUGUCAAGGGUACGUUUGCAUGAUGCUGCUGUUUGUUUAAUUUUGAUUUGUAUCUAUUCUGUUUGAUUGUAGAAUGUUUUGUCUUGCAAAAGGCAACAGAGCAGUUAGUGUUGUGUGGAAACGGAACAGUACAAUGUAACUCAUUGAGACCUAAACGUCUGUUGUGUACCUGAACAUAUUGUGCUAUAAACAGGCUAAAAGAAAACAUUCAUGCUUUACUACCUAAUAUUGUCGGUAAGAUUGACCCUUUAUUUAAUUUGAUUGAAUUUGGUGCACCAUCAUUUUUAUAUCAAUUGCUUGUGUUCAGUGACUUAAAUGAUGUAUAUGAAAACCCUACUAUUUUUAAAGAGUAUUUAUGACAAUCUUUUAAAAUUUUGCAUCAAAUUAUCAUCUUUGGUCAUGUGUAACAUUAAGUUAUUGAAAAAUGUUUCAAAUUAAAAUAAAAGGAAUUCGUAAAGUUACCCUUGGUCACCCUUUAUAACUGAAUUCUAAAUAAAACCAAGUGAUUACAAAUUGAAAAA